AUGGCUGCCUCCGACGGCGCUUCCUCGAUCAGCGUUGCAGUCAGAGUCCGUCCUUUUACUAUCAGGGAGGCAGCUCAGAUCACACGAUGUGACGAGGGUCCCCUGUUCCUCGGCGACGGUUCCCUCGCGGGUGCCCCGACACCGAAGCUUAACCAGAAGGGUAUACGAUCUAUCGUUAAAGUAAUUGACGACCGAUGCUUGAGCGUGGUGCCCAACGGUAAGCGCGUCAAGGACCAGACCUUCGCCUUCGAUCGCAUCUUCGACCAAAAUGCCUCACAGGGAGAGGUAUACGAAUCGACAACACGAAGCCUGCUCGACAACGUGCUCGACGGAUACAAUGCCACGGUAUUUGCGUAUGGAGCUACCGGAUGUGGAAAGACCCAUACAAUUACCGGAACCGCCCAGCAGCCUGGCAUCAUCUUUCUUACCAUGCAGGAGCUGUUUGAGCGGAUCGACGAACGAGCAGGCGAAAAGUCGACCGAAGUUUCUCUUUCCUACCUCGAGAUCUAUAACGAAACCAUUCGUGACUUGCUUGUCCCUAGUGGUAGCAGCGGAAAGGGUGGAUUGAUGCUGCGGGAGGAUUCCAACCAGUCAGUCUCAGUUGCUGGGCUAUCAAGUUACCACCCGCAAAGUGUGGGAGAGGUAAUGGACAUGAUCAUGCAAGGCAAUGAGCGCCGCACCAUGUCUCCUACCGCAGCAAAUGCCACUUCAUCUCGAUCGCACGCCGUCCUUCAAAUCAACAUCGCCCAAAAAGACCGAAAUGCCGACGUCAAUGAGCCUCAUACCAUGGCCACUUUCAGUAUCAUCGAUUUAGCGGGAAGUGAGCGUGCCAGCGCGACACUGAACAGAGGAGAACGUUUGUUCGAAGGCGCUAAUAUCAACAAGUCUCUGCUGUCCCUGGGAAGCUGCAUCAACGCACUUUGUGACCCGCGAAAGCGCAAUCACAUUCCUUACCGAAACUCCAAGCUCACUCGAUUACUCAAAUUUGCACUUGGUGGAAAUUGCAAGACAGUCAUGAUUGUCUGCGUCAGCCCCUCAAGCCAGCACUUUGAUGAAACCCAAAAUACUCUUCGAUAUGCGAAUCGAGCGAAGAACAUUCAGACCAAGGUCACACGGAAUGUUUUCAAUGUCAACCGACACGUGAAGGACUUCUUGGUCAAGAUCGACGAGCAAAUGAACCUGAUCAAUGAGCUCAAAGCACAGGCAAAGGAACAUGAAAAGGCGGCCUAUGUCAAGUUCCGCAAGCAGGGCGAGAAGAAAGAGGCUGUUCUGCGCGAGGGUGUUGCUCGAAUUCGCAAUGCUUAUGAACACACGUUGCCCGAGAGGCAAGAGAAGACUAACAACAUGCUGAAACUAAGGCAGAUCGGCCGCAGAAUUGGCAUUUUAUCGUCUUGGGUUGCUGCCUUUGAUAAUGUUUGCGCCGCGCGUGAGGCCGAGGAGGGAUUAUCGAACCUAUAUGCCGUUCGCAAAUCUGCACAGGGAAUCCUUCUAGAACUAGAAGGUAGCAGACAUCAUUACAACCAGAAAUUAUCAAAAAGCACCUGGGACCGAGCGGUCAACUCGGCGGUCGAAAACGCGGCAAAGCAACUUCAGGAGUUUGAUAUUACCGAUAACAGCGACUACGCCAAUUUGAACCGGGAAGCAGAUCUUCUUCGGUCCAAUGCAGAACGCGAAUCCUUGACGGCCGUGUUAGAACAGGACAAGGCUGGAGAAGCUGCUGCUGUGCAGCUUCUCUUGCAAGCGCAGUUUGAGAUGAUGAACUCCAUCGAGGAUAUCAUGCAACUAACUGCAAACGAGGCUAUAAAAAAGGGGCGGUCCAUCCUUACAAAGAUGUUAGAGGAUUGUUCAGAUGCAGCAACCAACCUGGUGAAACCAGAUGGCACUAUGCCUUCGAUCCCGAACCUCAGCUCUGCCAGGCCUACAAGCCCUACGAAAACAAAAAAGCGAUUCAGCUUGGUCAGCUUGCCACCAGUAUCGACUGCCAACCCUCCAGUCACACUCACACCUGUUGCUCCUGUUUCACCAACUAAAGGCUCUCCACGUCGCCGUAAAGGCACUGUCGGCCGGAAGAGUGUCAGCUUCUCACCAAAGAAAGCCCAGAUAAAGGUUCCCAAACGAUCUGUCAGAUGGAAGGACGACGAGGAAGAUGGCACUUUGACCGAGUUCCAAAAGACCCCCAAGAAGGCCGACUCUGCCGAUGAAGCCAGCUUCGAAGACUCAUGGUUGCCACCUCGAUCCGGAUCUCCCAUUCCACGAAACAUCCCGAGAGUUAUAAGCCCAUCGGGUUCUGUCUCCCCCACCCCCGACGAGCCUGCCGAAUCCGCUGAGCCUACCUUGAACGUUCAAAAGAACAACAGUCGCUUUAAGGCAGGCACCACCACCAUCAUCCAGUCUUCCUCUUUCAAGGAGAGAGAGCUCCCCCUCCGUGAUAUUGAAGGGAGCAGCUUUAUGAACCGCACCUUGGCGGAACGCCCAUCGCGGAUUGCAGUCCGUAGUCCCAGCGGGAACUUCUCGAGCAGUCCUGUAUCUGAAAACAGGGACAACUGGAAGUCAGACAAGGAAGAAGCAAUCAAGAUCAAUUCGGCCAUGCGACGGAUGUCUAGUGGGCGGAUUGCUAGUGGACAGUUCAACACUCCAUCCUCCAAUGCCCUGCGAGUUCACCGUCGUCGCAGCCCAACUUCGAACACACACGCGACCUCACCAGCUGACAACCACAUGUUCACCGCAUCGCAAGCACGGCGCAUGGUCAAGAGCGAGAGAGAACAUGAUGUCAAGCAUCGGGUCUUGAGUCCUCAUACUCUCCCAGUCAUGAAGCACACGGGACGCCGCACUACAUUAGGUGGAGACGGUCGACCUCGAAAUAUCAGUCUAUCCAGCAGAGAUGCCAUCCGUCUCAGUACGAUGGCAGCACCUCCUGCUGACCACAACUCACAGUGGUAG